AUGACGGCGACAAACGGUACCAACGGGCACACCAACGGCGCCACAGCCAAGCAGUCUAAGGGCAACAUUGGCGUCUUCACAAACCCCAAGCACGACCUGUGGAUCAACGAGGCUGAGCCCUCUCUUGAGAAAGUCAACUCUGGCGAGGGACUUGCCGUUGGAGAGGUGACGGUUGCCAUCAGGAGCACCGGUAUCUGCGGCUCCGACAUUCACUUCUGGUGCCAUGGCUGCAUCGGCCCCAUGAUUGUCGAGGGCGACCACAUUCUCGGUCACGAGUCGGCCGGCGAUGUCAUCGCAGUGCACCCCAGCGUCGAGCACCUCAAGGUCGGCGACCGCGUCGCCAUCGAGCCCAACGUCAUCUGCAACGCCUGCGAGCCCUGCCUCACGGGGCGCUACAACGGCUGCGAGAAGGUAGAGUUCCUUUCGACGCCUCCCGUGCCCGGCCUGCUGAGGCGAUACGUCAACCACCCCGCUGUCUGGUGCCACAAGAUCGGCGACAUGUCGUACGAGAACGGCGCCAUGCUUGAGCCCCUGAGCGUCGCCCUCGCCGGCAUGCAGCGCGCUGGCGUUCGCCUCGGCGACCCCGUCCUCAUCUGCGGCGCCGGUCCCAUCGGCCUCAUCACGCUCCUCUGCUGCCGCGCCGCGGGCGCCACGCCGCUCGUCAUCACCGACAUUGACGAGGGCCGCCUCGCUUUCGCCAAGGAGCUCUGCCCCUCGGUCAUCACGCACAAGGUCGAGCGUGCGACGCCCGAGGACUCGGCCAAGGCCAUCGUCCAGGCGUUCGGCGGCGUCGAGCCGGCCAUCGCGCUCGAGUGCACGGGCGUCGAGAGCAGCAUCGCCGCGGCCAUCUGGGCGUGCAAGUUUGGCGGCAAGGUCUUCAUCAUUGGUGUCGGCAAGAACGAGAUCAACAUUCCCUUUAUGCGCGCGAGCGUGAAGGAGAUUGACAUUCAGCUGCAGUACAGGUACUGCAACACGUGGCCGCGCGCCAUCCGUCUCGUCGAGAGCGGCGUCAUCGACCUCACCAAGCUGGUCACGCACAGGUUCAACCUCGAGGAUGCGCUCAAGGCAUUCGACACGGCCAAGGACCCCAAGACGGGCGCCAUCAAGGUGCAGAUCCAGAGCCUGGAGUGA